AUGGCAGCAGGCCAAUCCCUCGAUAUAAGCACAUCGUUCGGCGUGAGCACCGACCUCGGUGUAGCAACGGAGCUAGGCGGUAAUGCUUCCCCAUUAUCCGUGAAAGCCGCAUCUGCAACCGACGGUUCUGAUCGCACGAUCGUUCUCAUGGCGAUGACGGCAGCGGUCGGCACGAAGAAAUCUUCUGGAACCGGAAAAUCAGCCGGCGCUGGGACGAGUGUCGGCGCAGGCAAGGGUGCGGGGACGGGUGCGGGUACCGGCGGGAGUAAAGGAACGGCAACAGGAGAGCGGAAGGUGUCGGAAAUCGGGACCGGCGCGGGGAAAGGUACGGGGACGGGCGCGGGGAAGGGUACGGGAACGGGCGCGGGGAAGGGUACGGGUACGGGUACGGGCGCGGGGAAGGGUACGGGGACGGGCGCUGGGAAAGGUACGGGGACGGGUGCGGGGAAGGGUACGGGAACGGGCGCGGGGAAGGGUACGGGUACGGGUACGGGCGCGGGGAAGGGUACGGGGACGGGCGCUGGAAAAGGUACGGGGACAGGCGCGGGGACGGGUGCGGGGAAAGGUACGGGGACGGGCGCGGGGAAAGGUACGGGGUCGGGCGAGGGGAAAGGUACGGGGACAGGCACCGGGAAAGGUACGGGGACGGGCGCGGGAAAAGGAUCGGGUACGGGCGCGGGGAAGGGUACAGGGACGGGCGCGGGGAAGGGUACGGGGACUGGUGCUGGGAAAGGUACGGGUACAGGCGCGGGGAAAGGUACGGGAACAGGCGCGGGGAAAGGUACGGGAACAGGCGCGGGGAAAGGUACGGGGACAGGCGCGGGGAAAGGAGGGGGAAGCUCAAGGGGCUCCGGAUCUGGUUCGGGAAAGGGAACAGGUACGGGUGGAGGCUCGGGAACUGGUUCGGGAACGGACGCUGGAUCUAAAUCGGGGAGGUCGUCGGGGGAUGGCGGGGAUGUGAUCCGCGGAGGGGGGAGCGGAGGGGGAAGUGGAGCGGGGAGUGGGACGGGGAGCGGGGGGGACACUGGUGGGCACACCGGUAGCGGGGGGGCGGGGAGUCAGACCGGCGGAGGGCAAGCGAGCGGAGGAGGCGGAAGUCAAAAUGGAGGGGGAGCGGGCUCUGGAGGAGGAGCGUCAGGCGGAGCGUCAGGCGGAGGUUCAGGCGCAGCUUCAGGUGGAGCUUCAGGUGGAGCGUCAGGCGGAGCGUCAGGCGGAACGCCGGGGUCUAACCUGACGGUGGAGCAGGAGGCAACGCUGGCGAAAGUGAACGAGGUUCUGUCUCCAGCCGCACGUCGCACAUUCCCCACCAUUCCCCACCAUUCUCCACCGUUCCUCACCCUUCCCCACCGUUCCUUGCUAUUCCCCUUACGUCUAUCUUAA